AUGACCUCUGACACAGACUCUCUCAUAUAUGGCAAUAAAGGAUUUGGCACCUUGGCAGAACAACCAAAAGAAAGUAUCGAGGACGAGGAUGCCAUCGUUCCAGAACCUGAGUUGUUAGACCUCAAAGAGCCCAUCAAAUAUGAACCAGAAGAUUUAAAUUCUGAGAGUGAUGCAUUUGAUAAUGCUGACACUUCAGAUACUUCAUCACUAAUCCAUCAUCAGUCGAAGCCAGGGACUUUCAGUAAUGGAAGCGACGAAAAUAAUCAGUUUCUUGAUGACAUGGCGCUCAAGUUGAAAAAUUUGAAGGUCACUAAGGUCCAUUUAGCUUAUAUAUGUAUUGGUAUUUUCAUCAUUCUUAAUGCCCUAAUUUCUGUGGUAAUACUGUGUCACAACCCCAGAGAAACUCGAUCAAAACAAGAUGACGGUAACUUGAACAAAAUGCAAAAAGGCCGAAUCGUUUUGUUCACCAUUGUGUUUUCCGUGUUCAUGUUCAUGGCCGAGGCAUUGCAAGGGGCCGUUCAUCACUUGCUGGCAUCCUCAGCCACUGGUGCGGGUCUUGAUGUCGUCCAAGAAUCGAAAAUUGAUGGCCAGGUGCUUUUCUGGGGGCUGGUUUGCCUCGUUCGAUUUCUUUGCAUAUUAGUAUCAGGUUGCUUGCACCUGAAGCCCGGCAAACUCCUCGUCAUCUCAGUUCUUUUGUCCUUAUCGGGUCAGUAAUUCUUAUCGAUUGGCUCCUUCGGAAAGGAAGAUUUCCUGUGGGGCGGCAUUGUAUUUUUGGCAAUUGGUUUGGCGCCUGUUUUGCCAACGAGUUUACUGUGGAUGGCCCAGUACAUGCGAGUGACGCACCGCAUGUGUGCUCUCAUGAUCUUAAGCUUCAUUGGUAACUCUCUGACGCAUUCCCUGCUGACGAGGGUGGGCAGGAAUUCUCGACGCUUACUCUUACUCCUCGUCACCAUCAGCUUCGUCUCUCUUUUCUUCCUCUUCUUGUCAAUGUGCGUUUUGUACACAGCCCAGCGCAGCAAAACCCUAGGUGUCCCUGUAGGUUAUCAGCUGGCCAGUCAACACGAGGAAGAGGACAGCAUCGAACUGACACCCUCUGGAGUGCAGUAUUCACCCACAACGACUCCAAUCUCGGGAAAAUGGGAGCCGGCCAGAUCUUCUACUAUACUAACCAUUAUUGAUACUUACCAGUGA